AGCGACCGUAGUAUACAGCUGGCAGCGCGUUACAACAAAACAUAUUUCGCGGGUCUGAGGACACUGGGUAGCCAGGUGGCAAACAGCUGGCGGUGCCACAUUUGCAACUGCCUCACCACCCAGAUUACCUAUGCAUUCAUCUCAUCUACCAAGGACCUACGAAGGUAAGCAAGGUACUGUACAGUUGCCGGCCGCUGCGCCUCCGUACAUACAUACCUUCAUGUACCUUAGCUGUACUGCAGCCCUUUGCGCGGACAGAACGGACGAUACGUACCUCAUUUCCAGAGCGUCCCAGCCUGACUUCACUUCUCUGCUGAGACACAGCCCACGAGGUCUUGUUUGCGAACACCCGCCUCGUAGUCUUUUCCCUGCAAACCAUUGCCCGUUUGAGGCUCUCUGUCUCCCUCCCUUUUCCCUCUUUCUUUGUGCCAGCACUCUGGCCGUUUGCUGACUGCAUACUGUACAACUGCCAAUCUCCGUUGCUUGGUUCCAGCCGUUUCCUGACUCGAGCCGCCCGCCGAGCUGACUCCGACCGGACGCCCUAAAGCCUCUGCCGCUGCUAAAUAGACCAUCCCAUCUCAUAUUAACAUCAUCGCCGACGACCACCGCCUAGCUAGACGCUUUUCUCUCCCCCGAGAGAUGCACUUGUCAAGGAUGAUAUCAUAACAAACAUCUUCAGAAAUAGCAGAACAUCGGCUUGGCCCGCCGGCCUUGCAUCCCUCCUCCCCCCCGCCUCCCAAGCUCCCAUCUCCCUUGUUGCCGAGCCCCUCACUGUCACACAGGCCACGGCGUCAUCAACCCGGCACGGCACGGCGACUUACAGGCACGGUGUCAUCUCGGUCACUAUGAACACACGCCCGCCCAUAGAGACGGCGGCCUCUACGGUGGUGCUGUCCGCAUCCUUUAACAGUGAUGCCAGCUGCUUCUCCGUUGGCCUCAACUCGGGAAUAUGCAUCUUCCACACCAAGUCGUGCCUUUUGAAGGCAUCCAGAGACUUCAAUGCCGGCAUUGGCCUUGUCGAAAUGAUGGGUACGACGAAUUACCUCGCCCUCGUCGGUGGUGGCAGGCAACCCAAGUUUAGCACCAGUAAAACAAUCAUAUGGGACGACAUGAAAGGGAGGGUCGCUAUAGAAAUCGCCUCUCUGACCCCGGUGCGCGGCGUCCGUAUCGGCCGCAACCGCAUCGUCGUCGCGCUCCAGAACAGCGUCCGCGUCUACUCGUUUGCUAAGCCGCCCGACCUCCAGUCAGUGUACGAGACCACGGACAACCCUCUCGGUCUUGUCGCAAUGUCAGACAAGACGAUUGCAUUCCCGGGCAGAACGGUCGGCCAAAUCCAACUUGUCGAGAUCGGUACCGGCAACGUCAGCAUCAUCCCGGCCCACUCGUCCGCUCUCCGAGCCAUUCAACUGAGCCCGGAUGGCGAGCUGUUGGCCACAGCAAGUGAAAUGGGCACGCUGAUCAGGGUGUUCGCAACCACCAACUGUGCUCGCUUGGCCGAGCUGAGACGGGGCGUCGAUCCCGCAACCAUAUUCUCUCUCGGCUUCAGCCCCGAAGGCACCAAGUUGGCUUGCACGUCGGAUAAGUCAACACUGCACGUCUUCGACGUGCCGCAUCCCAAGAAACCCAUGACCGCGCCGACGAGCCCGACGGCAUCGCAGAUGGCAGGAUCGGGCAUCCUCGCGGGUCGGCCAGCUGACGACGGCAAGGGGCGAUGGGGCUUCUUGGGAAAGAUCCCGCUGAUGCCGCGCCUGUUCUCAGACGUAUACUCAUUCGCGUCUGCGCCGUUUGAGGCCGGCGAUGACCCGCUAGUCGGCGGACUGCCCUUGUCGGACCAGACGACGCUCGGGACAACGAGGCCCCAAAAGGGCGUCAUCGGAUGGAUCACCGAAGACAGUCUUGUCGUCAUCGGCGCCGGACAGGACGCCAGGUGGGAGAAGUUUGUGAUAUCCAAGGGGGAAGACGGACGACGAUACGUCGUGCGAGAAGGCUGGAAGAGGUAUUUGGGCAGCGCGUCGUCAUGAGCGCGACGGAGAGCUGUCUAUCUAUUGUUUGCUGAACUCUCUUGGGAGUCAUGUGUGUACUAAGAUCAUGGCAUGGCGUUUUAUCUGGAGUUAAUCAAAGGACUAGGCAGGCAUUCAGGGGUAUCAGCGAUAGCAUCGCUUCUAUUUAUGAAGUAAAUGUCUUUUUUUUUUCAAAGUCGUGUUUUUCUUUCCAGAGAUCAAGGCGACCUGCUCCGACUCC